GACGAUGGGACUUUUUCCUUUCAGGAAGGAAACGGCAACAUGAAUUCAUAGAUGAUGAGUAGGAUGCCAAAGCCAGAGAUGACAGUGCUCUUGAAGAAAUGCUGGGUAGAACAAAAAGAUGAUCACGGGAACAGCAAUGGCAGUCAUGUAAAAAUCUUUUUACCGAAGAAGCUGCUUGAAUGUCUACCAAAAUGUUCAAGUUUACCGAAGGAGAGACACCGCUGGAACACUAAUGAGGAAAUUGCAGCUUAUUUAAUAACAUUUGAAAAGCAUGAAGAAUGGCUAACGACUUCCCCUAAAACAAGACCACAGAAUGGUUCUAUGAUCCUAUAUAAUAGGAAGAAGGUGAAAUACAGGAAAGAUGGAUAUUGCUGGAAAAAAAGGAAAGAUGGGAAAACCACCAGAGAGGAUCACAUGAAACUGAAAGUCCAAGGAGUGGAGUGCUUGUAUGGCUGUUACGUCCAUUCUUCCAUCAUCCCCACGUUUCACAGAAGGUGCUACUGGCUUCUUCAGAACCCAGACAUCGUGUUGGUGCACUACCUGAAUGUACCAGCCAUCGAGGACUGUGGGAAACCAUGCGGCCCUAUUUUGUGCUCAAUAAAUACAGACAAGAAAGAAUGGGCAAAAUGGACAAAAGAAGAACUAAUUGGACAGCUCAAACCGAUGUUUCAUGGCAUUAAGUGGACAUGCAGCAAUGGAAACAGCAGUUCAGGGUUCUCAGUGGAACAGCUUGUGCAGCAGAUCCUUGACAGUCACCAGACCAAACCACAGCCUCGGACACACAACUGUCUUUGCACUGGUACCUUGGGGGCAGGAAGCAGUGUGCAUCACAAGUGUAACAGUGCCAAACAUCGCAUCAUAUCACCAAAGGUUGAACCAAGGACAGGUGGGUACAGCGCUCAUUCAGAGGUACAAAAUAACGAUGUCUCUGAAGGCAAGAAUGAGCACAGUCAUGGCAAGGCCUCCAGCCGAGAGAAGAGGAAUGGCAAAGUGGCGAAACCAGUGUUGCUCCAUCAAAAUAGUACUGAGGUUUCUUCCACCAACCAGGUGGAAGUCCCUGACACAACCCAGAAUUCUCCUGUGUCCAUCAGCAGUGGAUUAAAUAGCGACCCAGAUAUGGCGGAUAGCCCAGCAGUCACUGGUGUGUCCAGUAUGGCUGUAGCAUCAGUUAUGGGAAGCCUGUCACAAAGUGCCACAGUAUUUAUGUCAGAAGUCACCAGUGAAGCUGUGUAUACCAUGUCACCCACCUCUGGCCCAAAUCAACACCUCCUGUCCUCAGAUGCAGCUGCACAAGGGCUGGUACUUGCCGUGAGUUCAGAUGGACACAAAUUUGCUUUUCCAACAACAGGCAGUUCAGAGAGCUUGUCGAUGCUACCCAGCACUGUCUCCGAGGAACUUGUGCUCUCCACAACUUUAGAAGGAAAUAGAAAAAUUCCAGAAACCACCAUGAAUUUUGACCCAGACUGUUUUCUUAAUAAUCCUAAGCAAGGGCAGACUUAUGGUGGAGGAGGUAUGAAAGGUGACAGCAUCAGUACCAACAUAAGGCAGUCACCCACAACAGAACGUAGCUUCAACUUCAAUACGACCCUCACGAAAGAAAUUAAAACUGAGGACACAUCUUUUGAACAACAGAUGUCCAAAGAAGCAUUUUCCUCCACUUCUGCAUCUAACACUCUCACCCUCACCACUGGUUCAGGUUUGCUUCCAUCUGGAGGAGGUCUGAGCCCAAGUACCACCUUGGAGCAGAUGGACUUCAGUGCCAUUGACUCCAACAAGGACUAUUCUUCAAGCUUCAAUCAGACGGUCCAGAGCCCUCACGUCCAUCAGACCCCUUCCCCCAGCUUCUUUCUGCAGGAUGCCAGCAAACCUCUUCCCCUUGAGCAAAACACCCACAACAAUUUGAAUGACACAAGUGGUUCAUUUGUGAGCACGUUAGGAAUCCCCAGUGUGAAAACAGAGUCCUCAUCCCAAACCACUUCCAAUUGCAACGGCACAGUGGAAACCAGAAUAGAGUCCACCUCUUCUCUCCAGCUCAUGCAGUUCCAAGCAAACUUCCAGGCUAUGACUGCAGAAGCUGAAGUUCCCAUGGAGACCUCCCAGCAGGCAGAAGGGAAUGAAAAUCUACUUAAAUCAGGGGAUCUUCAAGCCUGCAGCACAGAACACUACUUGCAGCCUGAGGCCAAUGGGGGUAUCAGGAAUGGGAACAAUCUCCCUAUUCUCCAAGGAAACAUGGUCCAAGGACUCUACCCUGUGGCCCAUCCCAGCUUAAAUAACUCCUCCAACAUGGAGCUUAACUUGGACCAUUUUGACAUCUCCUUCAGCAACCAGUUUUCUGAUCUAAUUAAUGAUUUCAUAUCUGUAGAAGGUGGGAGCAAUGCUCUCUAUGGACACCAGCUGGUGUCAGGUGACAGUGCCGGACUAUCUCAGCCUGAAGACAGUAACAGAACAACCUACAGCCAGGCUGAAAUGUGCAUUCCUUGCUGCAGUCCUCAACAAGCCAACAUGCAACUCAGCAACACAGAGAAUGGAGCCAGCACAAUGGCAUACAUGCAUGUGGCUGAGGUGGUCUCGGCAGCUGCAGCACAAGGCACCUUGGGGUUGCUACAGCAGAGUGGGCGCUUGUUCAUGGUGACAGAUUAUUCACCAGAGUGGUCUUAUCCUGAGGGAGGAGUGAAAGUUCUAAUCACUGGUCCAUGGCAAGAAGCCAGCAAUAAUUACAGCUGUCUGUUUGAUCAGAUCUCAGUGCCUGCAUCUUUAAUUCAGCCAGGAGUGCUGCGCUGCUACUGCCCAGCUCAUGACACUGGGCUCGUGACUUUGCAAGUUGCCUUCAACAAUCAAAUCAUCUCCAAUUCUGUGGUGUUUGAAUACAAAGCCAGAGCUCUGCCAACCCUGCCUUCCUCCCAGCAUGACUGGCUGUCCUUGGAUGAUAAUCAGUUCAGGAUGUCAAUACUGGAGCGCCUCGAGCAGAUGGAGAGGAGAAUGGCUGAAAUGACAGGCUCCCAGCAGCACAAACAAGGAGCAGGAGGCGGGAGCAAUGGGAACGGGAAUGGAGGAACACAGGUGCAGUGCGUUUCUGGGACUGGGACCUUGGGCAGCUGCUUUGAGAGCCGCGUGGUGGUGGUGUGCGAGAAGAUGAUGAGUCGUGCUUGCUGGGCAAAGUCCAAACACUUGAUCCAUUCAAAGACUUUCCGAGGAAUGACACUGCUCCACCUAGCUGCCGCCCAGGGCUAUGCUACACUGAUCCAGACCCUCAUCAAAUGGCGCACCAAACAUGCAGACAGCAUUGAUCUAGAGCUGGAAGUUGACCCUCUGAAUGUGGAUCAUUUCUCCUGCACUCCUCUGAUGUGGGCAUGUGCCCUGGGCCACAUGGAUGCAGCUGUUGUGCUGUAUAAGUGGGACCACCGAGCUAUCUCUAUUCCUGAUUCUCUUGGGAGGCUGCCACUGGCAAUUGCCCGGUCUCGGGGCCAUGUAAAGUUGGCAGAGUGUUUGGAGCAGCUACAGCAUGAUGAGCAACCUCCGCUUGGGCAAAACCCAAGAAUUCAGUGCCCCUCAAGCACAGACUCCAGCACAGAGAGCUGGGUGUCCCAGUGGCACAGUGAACUUAUUGCCUCUCAAGAGCCUCAGAAGGGAGUCACUGUGAUUUCUAGUACAAACACAGAGUUGAGACGACCAAGAUCAGAACCUUCCAGUUACUACAGUAGUGAGACUCAUAAAGAUUACCCUGCACCCAAAAAGCAUAAGCUGAGCCCUGAAUAUUUUCAAGCCCGGCAAGAGAAGCUGCUUUCCACUGCACUGAGUCUGGAACAGCCAAGUGUCAGAAAGCAGAACUCCAGCUCCAAGCAAUCCGCCACUGAGACAAUCAGCCCCAGUGAAGGGAUAAGGGACUAUGGCCGGGAGCUCUCCCAGCACAUCCCAGAAGUUGCUGGGUACCGGGGCUCUGGCAGCCAAGCAGGCAUCAAAUGGAACCCAAAAGACAUUUAUGUUGGUGUGUCUACGGUGCAGGUGACAGGGAGCCAGAAAGGGACUGCUCUGGGGAAGGACACUGUAGCCCAUCGGCUACGCCAGCGAGAGCAGAUGAACGCGCUGAUGAUGGCUGACAGGGAAAUGGUGGAUGCAGAACUCUUGUCUUAUAGGGACAAUGUAGGGGAUGAGGACUGUUUACCCCACAUGGAUGACUUGCAGGUGAAUAUGAUGACACUUGCAGAGCACAUUAUUGAAGCUACGCCUGACAGGAUCAAGCGGGAGAAUUUUGUGCCAAUGGAGUCGCCGCUGGUAGAGAGAACAGAGAGUGCUGCCAUGAGCACCACAAUGAGCUGGCUGGCCAGUUACCUUGCUGAUGUUGAUCAUCUGCCGAGUGCUGCACAGAUAAGAAGUCUGUAUAGUGAACCCUUGACCCCUUCUUCGAACACCAGCUUGAGCCCUGCAGGCUCGCCAAUCAGUGAAAUAGCUUUUGAGAAACCCAGCCUUCCCUCGGCAGCAGACUGGUCUGACUUUCUGAGUGCAUCCACCAGUGAGAAGGUAGAGAAUGAGUUUGCACAGUUAACUUUGUCUGAUCACGAGCAGAGAGAACUCUAUGAAGCUGCCAAACUCGUCCAGACAGUGUUCAGGAAAUAUAAGGGUCGUCCUCUCCGGGAACAGCAAGAGGUGGCUGCUGCUGUCAUUCAGCGUUGCUACCGAAAAUACAAACAGCUUACUUGGAUAGCCUUGAAGUAUGCACUUUAUAAAAAGAUGACACAAGCUGCCAUUCUUAUCCAGAGCAAAUUCCGAAGCUAUUAUGAGCAGAAAAAAUUCCAGCAGAGCCGAAGAGCCGCAAUGCUGAUCCAGCAGUACUACCGCAGCUACAAAGAAUGUGGGAAGAGGAAGCAAAACCGUCGGGCAGCCACCAUUGUACAACAGAAACUCAGAAGCAGUCUGCUUACCAAGAAACAGGAUCAAGCUGCUCGCAAGAUCAUGAGAUUUUUACGACGCUGCCGCCACAGCCCACUGGUGGACCAUAGGCUGUACAAAAGGGGGCUGAAUGUGUUUGGAGCUCAGAUGUGUGUGUUAAAUUGCAGACCGCAUGCUCUGGGGUGUCAUUCUUAUUGGGCCUUUCUGUCUUUUUUGUUUUGCAACCCAAAUGAGAUAUCUGGAAAAAGGCAAGAGCUCCCUUUUCUUAAAUGUCCCACAGGCUAUUUCAGCUCUCAGAGCAACAGAGUGAAAGAGUUGAAAAAGGCCAAGGAACUUGAAGAUACACAGCAGCAUCCCGUAGCAAUGUGACAUUGCUUUUCAGACUGUUUUCAUUUUCUGUUUUUAGCAGAGACAUGCAACAACAACAAAAAUACCCACUGCAGUUCUGGAAAUACCAUCUGCAGGAUUUUAACAGUAAUGUUUUGGUCAUUGCAUUUGCACUUUCAUGGACAACUUUUAAUUUGUUCAGCAAGACAUCUUGGAACUCAAUCUUCUGUUGGAUCAUAGAAAAAAAAAAAAAGAGACACCAGGAAGAAUUUGUGAGUUGCUUCAUUCUCCAAGACGGAAGAAGCGAUUACUUAUCCUUUUCAUAUAGGGCUGUAUUGAACAACAUGUGGAACUGUACAAAUAUUAUACCAAAAAUAUUGUUAAGAAAAGGUGGGAAUGCACAAGCAACACAAGAAUGUUGUUCCUGCACUUGUCAGUCAUCUCCAAGAAACUGAAGCUUUGAGUCUCAGUGGAGGGGCUUAGAUCAGUACAUCUUUAUUGGGUCCAUGCAUCCUCAUUUCCUUCGCUCUUCUGUCCUUUGUGUUUCUUUUAAAUCUCUACAGCACACUUAAUGCAACUUUUUAAAUCUGCAGGUUUUUAAUACAUCCCGUGGGAACUUACAGAAGGGGUUGGUAUAUGAGAUAAACGGGUAAUGCAUGAGAAAAGGAGAGAGUAACUUAAGCAAGUUUUAAAAAGUUUCUUUUUGGUAUUUUUUUUUUUACUAGAACCUGCAAAAACAUAUCAAUUGUCAUGUACUUUCUCUCAUAUUCAGCACUUUAUUUUCUAGCCUUACUUUCAUGUGCUAUUAUUUUAAGUUCUUGAAAUAAUUUGUAAGAUGUGUAGCUUUUUAUCUUAAGUAACUGUCAAACCUCUUGUCAUUUUGCAGAGUCACAUACAUAUGUUGCCUGGACAUUUUAUACCACCUAAAGAUCAGAGUGGUGCUGCAUUCUGGCCAGUAAAUUUCUUAUUUUGGCUAUUUCAUCAAAUCUGGGCAGUUUCUGUAUAUAUAGAAGGUAGAAAUGGAAAAUGACAAAAUAUUUGAAAGGGAAUAUAUUGAUUAAUUACUAAAUAUUUUAUUCAUAAAGGGUCAAUAACUUGGCAAGAUAAAAUUAUUAUUUGUAUAGUUUUGUCUGAAUGAACGAGAAGAGUGUGGAUGUAUUGUUUGUACAUAUUGUAUAUAUUAAAACAAAGAGAUAUGUGCAUGAACUCAAGAAAAAGAAAUGAACAAAAGCAAAGCAUUAGUGGCUAUGGUCUGUAAAAUGAAACAAAAACUUUAUUUCACUAUAAGAAACUUUAUUUUAAAUGUUCUUUAGAAGAACAUUUUUGCUAAAGCAUGACUAAAUGGCAAAAAAGAGCUACUGUAUUUAGACUUAGGAAAAAAAGGCAGAGCAACAUUACUUUAAAAAAAAAAAAAAAAGAAAGAAAAAAAAAAAGAUAUGUUUACAUUUGAUUUUGGCUACCAGGAGUUUGGUUUGGUUGAAUUUCAUUUAUUUAUUCCUUCCUUUUUUCUUCCCGCCCCCUUUUUUUUUUUUGCCAAUGGUGCCAAGUAAUGUGAAUGCUAAUAUUGCUUAAGAAAAUUAAGUUACUUUUGCAAAGCAGAUAAUCAUAAGAGUACAAAAAAGCGUAUCUAGCUUAACACCAUACACUCACUCCAAUAAAGAACACUUAGAAUGAACAUAAAAUUAAAAAAAAAAAAGUAUGAAAGUAGAAAAUAUGUUUCACAUUUUCAUAUCUCCUGCUGGAAGUCAGAAAAUGUAAUAAAAAUUGCACAAAAAAAAAUCAAAAAAAAAAGUAAAAAAAAAAAAGAUGCAAACUGAUCUUGUAGGGGUGUCAUGGUAUAUUGCUAUUUCCACAUAGUGAGGAGCCAAAGAAAUUAGAUGUAUUUUUUUCAUUAAAGUACUAACUUAAAACUGUCACAAAUUCUCAACCAGAUUCUGAUCUUGAUUACACAGGAAUGUAAGGGAAGUAACUCCUGGUGGAUUAUGUACAUGUAUCUGAGAUCAGAAACUGUUCCUUUGUGCUUGGUUUGCUAGUGGCAGUUUAAAUUUUCUGAAUGGACUGGUGUAAAUUUGAGAUUGUUAGUUUUGGAAUAGUUGUUCUUGCUUGAUCCCGGCCACCAACUGCAAUGUUUAAACAGAAGGCUUGUUGUGAAGCCUAAAAAUAUUCACACAUAAGAAACUUUUAAACUGGUGUCUUUAGAAGGGUAAAAAAAAAAAAAAAUGUGGCAAAAAAAAAAAAAACCUGGGGUCAGUGCUCUUGGUGCCUUUUCUAUAAUUGUACCUGUUUUUAAUUACUUCUUUUCACUGCCAGCAUUGAAUUACAGUAGAUGUGCUAUAGCUCAUUAUCAGAAUUCUCUUGUACAUUUCUGAACUGCUGCUUUAUGACCUGAUUCAAU